CGGGGAGAGCAGCGGGGGGCCGCGGAGCUGGAGCCGGGGCCAGAGUCGGCGCGGGGGCCGGGCCAGAGCGGGCUCCAGCGAUAUGGGGUCCGCAGACUCCAAGCUGAACUUCCGGAAGGCGGUGAUCCAGCUGACUACCAAGACGCAGCCUGUGGAAGCCACUGACGACGCCUUCUGGGACCAGUUCUGGGCGGACACCGCCACAUCUGUGCAGGAUGUGUUUGCACUGGUGCCCGCGGCAGAGAUCCGGGCUGUGCGAGAGGAGUCACCCUCCAACCUGGCCACCCUGUGCUACAAGGCUGUGGAGAAGCUGGUGCAGGGAGCCGAGAGCGGCUGCCACUCGGAGAAGGAGAAGCAGGUCGUCCUGAACUGCAGCCGGCUGCUCACGCGAGUGCUGCCCUACAUCUUCGAGGACCCUGACUGGAGGGGCUUCUUCUGGUCCACAGUGCCCGGGGCAGGGCGAGGAGGGCAGGGUGAGGAGGAGGACGAGAAUGCCCGGCCCCUGGCUGAGUCCCUGCUCCUGGCCAUCGCAGACCUGCUCUUCUGCCCGGACUUCACCGUCCAGAGCCACCGGCGGAGCACCGUGGACUCAGCCGAGGACAUCCACUCCCUGGAUAGCUGCGAAUACAUUUGGGAGGCGGGUGUGGGCUUCGCUCACUCCCCCCAGCCUAACUACAUCCACGACCUGAACCGGAUGGAGCUGCUGAAACUGCUACUGACGUGCUUCUCCGAGGCCAUGUACCUGCCCCCAGCUCCUGAAAGUGGCAGCUCCAACCCGUGGGUUCAGUUCUUUUGUUCCACGGAGAACAGACACGCACUGCCCCUCUUCACCUCCCUCCUCAACACCGUGUGUGCCUAUGACCCCGUGGGCUACGGGAUCCCCUACAACCACCUGCUCUUCUCUGACUACCGGGAGCCGCUGGUGGAGGAGGCUGCCCAGGUCCUCAUCGUCACCCUGGACCACGACAGCGCCACCAGCACCAGCCCCACUGUGGAUGGCACGACUACAGGCACAGCCAUGGAUGAUGCUGACCCUCCGGGGCCCGAGAACCUGUUUGUGAACUACCUGUCCCGCAUCCAUCGGGAGGAGGACUUCCACUUCAUCCUCAAGGGCAUCGCCCGGCUGCUGUCCAACCCCCUGCUCCAGACCUACCUGCCCAACUCCACCAAGAAGAUCCAGUUCCACCAGGAGCUGCUGGUUCUCUUCUGGAAACUCUGCGAUUUCAACAAGAAAUUCCUUUUCUUUGUGCUGAAGAGCAGUGACGUCUUGGACAUCCUGGUCCCCAUCCUGUACUUCCUCAAUGACGCCCGGGCAGACCAGUCUCGGGUGGGCCUGAUGCACAUCGGCGUCUUCAUCCUGCUGCUUCUGAGCGGGGAGCGGAACUUCGGGGUGCGGCUGAACAAGCCCUACUCGGUGCGGGUGCCCAUGGACAUCCCCGUCUUCACUGGCACCCACGCUGACCUGCUAAUUGUGGUGUUCCACAAGAUCAUCACCAGCGGCCACCAGCGGCUACAGCCUCUCUUUGACUGCCUGCUCACCAUCGUGGUCAACGUGUCUCCCUACCUCAAGAGCCUGUCCAUGGUGACCGCCAACAAGCUGCUGCACCUCCUGGAGGCCUUCUCCACCACCUGGUUCCUCUUCUCUGCUGCCCAGAACCACCACCUGGUCUUCUUCCUCCUGGAGGUCUUCAACAACAUCAUCCAGUACCAGUUUGACGGCAACUCCAACCUGGUAUACGCCAUCAUCCGAAAGCGUAGUGUCUUCCACCAGCUGGCCAAUCUGCCCACUGACCCGCCUGCCAUCCACAAGGCCCUGCAGCGGCGCCGGCGGACGCCAGAGCCCCUGUCCCGCACCGGCUCCCAGGAGGGCGGCUCCAUGGAGGGCUCCCGGCCUGCUGCCCCUGCGGAGCCGGGCACCCUCAAGACCAGCCUGGUGGCCACCCCAGGCAUUGACAAGCUGACGGAGAAGUCCCAGGUGUCUGAAGAUGGCACCUUGCGGUCCCUGGAGCCUGAACCCCAGCAGAACUUGGCAGAAGGCGGCCUGGCUGAGGGGGAGCCUGGCCAGGCGAGGGAACAGCGGCGGCUAUCUAGUGCAUCAGCCAGUGGCCAGUGGAUUCCAACAACGGAUUGGAUCCUCUCCUGGAAGUCGAAGCUGCCGCUGCAGACCAUCAUGCGGCUGCUGCAGGUGCUGGUGCCCCAGGUGGAGAAGAUCUGUAUCGAUAAGGGCCUGACGGAUGAGUCGGAGAUCCUGAGAUUCCUGCAGCAUGGCACCCUGGUGGGGCUGCUGCCUGUGCCGCACCCCAUCCUCAUCCGCAAGUACCAGGCCAACUCAGGCACCGCCAUGUGGUUCCGCACCUAUAUGUGGGGUGUCAUCUAUCUGAGGAAUGUGGACCCGCCCAUCUGGUACGACACCGAUGUCAAGCUCUUUGAGAUCCAGCGGGUGUGAGCAGGAAGCCAGCAGGGGCUGGGGAUGGCUGGGGCGUUGCUCCCGGAUGCGCCCUCACUCCUUGCUCUGAACUUUACAUGAGUACCAUCAGGGUCUGUGGCAGGCGGUGUGGCUGGGUCCCGGGUGGCAGGCCCCAGAAGCCCCUUGGAGAUGAUCUCUGACCCCCUCACCCCCAGACUGGCCUCCUAGGAGCCUCUGUCUCCAGGGGUGCAGGCCCUGCCAAAGCCCUUCCCCGCUCUGGCUCCCCUUUUGGGACCAUUUCUGUGAUGACCUCCUCCAUGCCCACCUGCUCCUCUGCUGCCCACCCCCAGAAGCCACCAGGGCACCGGGUCAGAAAGAGUUUGCCCCAGAAGGAGCCAAGGGAUGGCCCUCGAGGUAUCUAGGCAGGGUUGGGGGCCCUCCAGGCCUCUUGUCCUGAAGCCACCUCUUCAACCCCGUGGAAGAAGGAGUAUGGCCUGCCCGCUGGCCUGUGAGGCUGGGCACUGGCAGAUACAAGUCCAGACUGGGGUUCCUCAUGUCUUCUAGGGGUUGGAGUGGGCACUGAGGGUACCCUGCUGUAUUCCCUGGGUCAGUGGAUAGAGCCUGGCUGAUGAGGGGUCCUAGGGGGCAGCUCUUCCUGCCCACCCACUGCCUGGAUGAAGGGAUGAGUGUUGCCACCCCCCCCAGCUGCCCAGCCCUGGCCUCUGGUCUCCUCCCCCCACCUGUGUCAGUACAAUCUUUGCUCUGUACAAUCGGCCACUUUACACAAUAAACCUCCCCCUCCAC